GCCUGCCUGUCAACAUGGCUGUCGCAUCAGCUGCUGCUGUAAACAGGCACGGCGCAGCGGCCAGGAUGGAGGGUGUAGGGCGGCAGAGCCGCACCGGGCCGGGGGGAGCUGUGAAGGUCCUGGAAUGCGGAGUGUGUGAAGACGUAUUUUCCUUGCAAGGUGACAAAGUUCCACGUUUACUCUUGUGUGGCCACACAGUCUGUCACGAUUGUUUGACACGCCUGCCACUGCAUGGCCGGGCAAUACGCUGUCCGUUUGAUCGACAAGGCACUGAACUAGGAGAUUCUGGUGUUUGGGGCUUAAAGAAAAACUUUGCUUUAUUGGAACUCCUUGAACGGCUGCAAAAUGGAGCAAGUGGCCAGUGUGCCUCAGCAGAGGAAGCUGUAGGAGGAUCCGGAGAGAGCAUUGUACGUUGUGAUGAAGAUGAGACUCACGUGGCUUCAGUUUACUGCACAGUUUGUGCAACUCACCUGUGUGCAAACUGCUCUCUGCACACACAUUCCACAAAGACGUUGGCCAAACACCGACGUGUUCCUUUAGCAGACAAACCUUACGAGAAAACCUUGUGCUCUCAACACCAGGUGCAUGCUAUUGAGUUUGUAUGCUUAGAAGAUGGCUGUAAGACCAGCCCCUUAAUGUGCUGCGUCUGUAAAGAAUAUGGGAAACACCAAGGCCACAAGCAUGCUGUCUUGGAAAGUGAAGCAAGCCAGAUCCGUGCUUCUAUUUUGGACAUGGCACACUGCAUCCGGAGCUUUACAGAGGAAAUCUCUGAGUAUUCUAGGAAGCUCACAGGCAUUGUCCAACAGAUUGAAGGAGGAGAACAGAUUGUGGAAGAUGGUAUAGGAAUGGCUCACACAGAACACGUUCCUGGCACUGCAGAAAAUGCACGUUCAUGUGUCCGAGCAUAUUUCUCUGAUCUCCACGAAACUCUUUGCCGUCAAGAGGAAAUGGCUCUUAGCGUGGUUGAUGCUCAUGUACGUGAGCAACUAAUCUGGCUGCGGCAACAGCAAGAAAACAUGACCAUUCUCCUAUCAGAAGUGUCCACCGCCUGCCUUCAUUGUGAGAAGGCUCUGCAGCAGGAUGACUGUAGAGUGGUCCUAGCCAAGCAGGAGAUCACAAGGCUUCUUGAGACACUACAGAAACAGCAGCAACAAUUUACUGAACUGGCAGAUCACAUACAGCUAGAUGCCAGUAUUCCUGUCACAUUCACAAAGGAUAACAGAGUACACAUUGGUCCAAAAAUGGAAAUUCGAGUUGUGACACUGGGACUCGAUGGUGCUGGAAAAACAACAAUUCUGUUUAAGUUAAAACAAGAUGAGUUUAUGCAGCCAAUCCCUACAAUUGGCUUUAAUGUCGAAACUGUGGAAUACAAAAAUUUAAAGUUUACAAUUUGGGAUGUUGGAGGGAAACACAAGCUGCGACCUCUCUGGAAACAUUAUUACCUUAACACACAAGCUGUGGUGUUUGUAAUAGACAGCAGCCAUCGAGACAGAGUCACCGAAGCUCACAGUGAACUUGCAAAGCUGCUUACCGAGAAAGAGCUGCGGGAUGCACUGCUUUUAAUAUUUGCUAACAAACAGGAUGUUGCUGGUGCCCUUACUGUGGAAGAAAUGACAGAACUACUGAGCCUUCACAAACUGUGCUGUGGUCGCAGCUGGUAUAUACAGGGCUGUGAUGCCAGGAGUGGCAUGGGUUUAUAUGAUGGUCUGGACUGGCUCUCCAGACAGCUAGUGGCCGCUGGAGUCCUGGAUGUGGCAUAAUCAGACGGCAUGCAGAACGUCAUUUGGUGAAUUUGUAUGUGUAGCUGUUACAUGCUUCUUAAAGAAUGUUGGAUUGUUGCACUGUAGUCUUAAUGAAGCCUACCUACAGCAGGAACAGCCAUUUCUUUAACAUCAGUUGUGUAGUUACAGCACCAGUUUGCUGCUGUUCAUUAGCAGUAUUGUAGUAUUUGGAUCAAGAUUGUAAAAAACACACAGAAGAUUAUUCACUGAACUGGAAAUUGUUUAGGAUUGAUGAAAGAUUUGCACAUUUCUGGCCAAAAUCCUUUUCUUAAGACUUUUCCAAUUCAGCUAUUUUGGCCUCCAACAUAUGCUCUUCUUUUGUUAAUUCUCAAUAAUUUACAGUUUAGUAAAUAACAAAAUUUAGGGUUUAUUCAAUAAACUGCAUUUUGCACAGCCAUUUUGCACAAUAUAGCCCAAACUAGGCAAGGCUACGUGUAUCUUCCUUGACUAUUUUGGUAUAAAUUGUAAAAAUAAAAUUAAAUAAUAUCAACUCGUAAGUUAUUGAAUAAAUCCCUCUGGCUAGGUACUAAGUACUUGAUCAUACUUAACAUAUAACAGUCUUUUGUUUACACUACAGUCACAGUAUUCAUUUCAUUUAGUCAUGUUUGUUGCAAAUCUAAUUCUAAUCCAAUGUCCGUGUUUAUCAUGAGACAUCAUGUUUCAAAUACACACGUUAUUCAUUAAACUGAAUUUUUAGGAAUUCUAAGAGAUUUAAAUUUUCUUUGGUCAUUUUAGCUAAAUUGGAAACAAAUCUCAGUCAGCUGUGUUUCCUGUUUAGCUAUUUUGGCGUAACAUUUAAAAUUCUCUUUGAGUUUCUCAGCACUUUAUAGUAAAUAAACCAUUGAUCUACCUGCUGCAGCAUCUGAAAAACCUGCAAAUCAUUUUUUGCUGGGCAGUCAAAUGGAUUAAUCAACCAACUUUCAAUCUCAAAACAAGUUGCUUGUGGCGCAUAUUGUACAAACCUGUUUGUUUCCUAAAGUGCCACCUUUUCCCUGGCAAGUGUUUGGCGAUUAUUUAAUGCUAAAUAUAUGGUAUUUUAAUUGGUAAAAUAUUGUUGCGAAACCUCUUCAUAUGGUGAUAGAGAAUGGCUGCUGUGAUCUAGAGUCAGCCCAUAGCAGGAGAUAUGCCCAAGGCUAAGGUCAGGGCUACCUAGUGAUCUAAAGCGCAACCAUUUCAUGUCAAACACGUGUUCAUAACCCCAUAAAAAGUGCUCCGCUCGUGCAAUAAAACAAAUAUACAAUUUACUUAUUCUCCAAUAUAUCAUAGAAGAUACCUUAAAUAAGAUGCGUCUGUAAUAAAAAAAAAUCAUAUUUCAAAAUAUCUCCGUUCAAUGCACCCCUUAGUGAAUAAACCCCUGCAGAAAUCCACUCACUUAGACCAGAGCCACCAAGUCCGGCUCUGGGUUUAGAGGUGUAGG